CACGGCACGGCACGGCACGGCACGGGUCCGAAGAGGGGGGGCACGAGGAGCUGUCAUUUGGACAACGUCCGACCCCCCGGGGCGCAGCAGAAGGGGAAUCGCUGGAAGGACCCGUUCGUUCGCACUGUUAUCGAUCAGCUGCUUCUCUGGAUCGAUCGGGGCGCAGCAGCGCGCGAUUAUGGAUCUGCGUGGCAUAUGGAUGUAUGAGGAGUUAUUAUGAUUUCAGUUUCCUCCUACAGCACCGUCACCACAGCCUGAAGUGUCUCAAACGCGCCGCCGGACCGAUGCCUGCGAUCUCAUCCGCUCUGUUCCCUCCUCGUGCGUUUUUAUCAUUUUUCACACAGCACGGAUGGGCUUUUGUGGCGCGCGCGCGCCCGCCGCCCCCCUUCCCUCGCGCUGAGACGAACGCGCGAGCGGUGCCGUGAACCGGUUCGAGAUCCAUCCGUCCCGCGAGCCUUCGCCCCGUGAUGUGCGGAAACCUGCCGGGUACCAUCCCGUCCUGCUGAACUGCCGAGACCGACCGCGAUGAUGGCGAGGGAGCGUGCCUCCGGCAGCCCUUCCCGCUGCCCCCGGCUCCUGGUGGCCCUGGGCCUCCUGCUGCUGCUCCAGGGGGUGACGGGCUCAAGCCUCAACUGCCACAAGACGUGCAUCUGCGCCAGCAACAUCGUGAGCUGCUCCAAGAUGAACCUGAGCGCCGUGCCGGCAGGUCUGCCCCAGUACACGGCCGUGCUGGACCUGAGCUACAACGGCAUCGCGCAGCUGCGUGCCGACUGGACCGCGGUCAAGCUGCUCAAGCUGCACAGCCUGCUUCUGAGCCACAACGGCUUGACGUUCCUGUCCACCCAGGCCUUCUCCUACGUGACGCGCCUGCGCUACCUGGACUUGUCAUCGAACGCGCUGCGGCAGCUCGACGAGUUCAUCUUCGAGCCGCUGGCGCAGCUGGAGGUGCUGCUGCUCUACAACAACCGCAUCUCACAGAUCAACCUCUCAGCCUUCGUGGGCCUCAGCAGCCUGCAGAAGCUCUACCUUAGUCAGAACCAGGUGUCUCGCUUCCCGCUGGAGCUGGUCAAGGAGCGCACUCGGCUCGAGAAACUCAGCCUGCUGGACGUGUCCUCGAACCGGGUCAAGUCCCUGCCCAUCGAGGAGCUCGAGAUCCUGCCGGCGUUGAUCAAGAACGGCCUCUACUUCCACAACAACCCGCUGGUGUGCAACUGCGCCCUCUACAGCCUGCUCGCUCAUUGGACCAUCCGGCGGUUCAACUCGGCCACCGACUUCAAGGACGAGCACACGUGCGUGUUGCCCGGGCAGCAGAAGACCACUGCGGGGAUCUUCCACCUCAACGGAGACUACAUGAACUGCAGCACUUUCGAGGAGGCCCACGAGGAGGCGUAUCUUGACCAAACACUUGUGCUAGGCUGCGACACCCGGCACCGGGACAUGGUGAAGACUUGGGUGACACCCGGCAACGCGGUGGCACCGUCUGGCGGCAACCGCAGCAUCGCGCUCCUCCCGGACGGCAGCCUGCGGGUGGGGCCCGUGAGGCCCGAGGACUCGGGUGUGUACACGUGUUUCGCGGUAGGCGAGACCGUGAAUGAGACGCUCUAUGUGCUGUUGAAGGUGAACAACUUUACACUGGAGGGCGCCGGCGAGGCCCUCAACACGGGCUACACCACUCUGGUGGGCUGCCUGGCCAGCAUCGUGCUCGUGCUCGUUUACCUGUACCUGACGCCCUGCCGCUGCUUCUGCUGCCCGGGUCGGGGACGUGCCAAGGCGCACCGCGAGGACAGCGUCCACUCGUCGGCGCUCAGCGCCACGCCGACCCACGAGGACCCUGGCGGCAGGUCCGGAAUCGGCCGCCACGUGGCCUUCAUCGACCCGAAGGAGCUGCAGGGCCAGAACGGCAAGGUGGACCUGGGUGCCGAAGGAGUCGCGGAGAGCGAGGGCCAUAGGGGCCGGAGGAGGAAGUCGGACGCCGAGUCAGUGAGCUCCGUCUUCUCCGACACACCCAUUGUGGUGUGAGACACGGAUGCCUCUGGCCGGUUCCGUCAACCCUAGACGAGAGGACUGGGACUCGAGGGCCGUCCAGCCGAACGCGGGAGAAUUUUUUACUGUGAUCUACUUGAAAGGGGAGGGGCAGCUGUCCCCAGUUUGGCAGCGAAAGUAGUCGGACGUUCUAAGUGUAGUGAUUUGACGUUUGUUCUAUCGACAACGUGGACGCGGGGAGCAAGUCCCCACUUUUCCAGCAGUUUAACCUGUAGCACUUCAAUAUGUCUACUGUGAACUUGCCUGAAGGUGCAGGGCGAUGCCAGGAAAAAUGGAGGGAGAGGCUUCAAGGUCAAGGAUGAAGGUCGAACGAAGGCAAAUGGUCAAGUUUAGCAUGUGGCAACAGGUUGUCAAAAUCGUGGUGAGCUGACAGCGGGUUGAGGAGAUGCGGAGAAGAAAAUAUGUUCAAAAUCACGAUGGGUUAACGAGCGGUUGAGGAGAUGGUUAGAGGAAAACAUCGUCACAUGCGAUGCAGUCAGGAACAGCGCAGAAGCCAUAGGAAGUUUAGUAAGAACACCCAUGCAUGAGCAUCUCCUCUAGCGGUUAGCCUUCUUAUCCUCCUUCCUUCUGGUCAUAGGCCAAGCUCAUUUGAAAAUAUGAAUAUUCAGCCAAGGAGGCGUGGCCUGUACACAGACAGACGGUGUGCCGCACCUCAGAAAGGGCGACCUGUGGGAAGUAGCUGCCCUCGAAACGGUGGGACGAAGCUCCUUACAGCCUUUUUAGUAAAUGCAAUAAAAUCGAGACAGCCAUACACUACCGAUCGCCCGCAUGGCAGCCAGAGGUGGCCGUUGCCCGGCCGACCGCACCCGACGACACGCCUCUUGGUACCUGUGAUACGUAACAGCCCGGAGCAAAUGUGCCGUUGGGUAUUAAGCAAAAAAAACAGACAAACAAAUAAAUAAGUGAACCGUAAAACUGGGACAUGAGUUGAUUUGAAGAACAUCGUAGCUUCCUGACGAGAGUACGUUAAUCCCUUAAAGAGCCACACGGUAACACCGCGGUGUGGACCUGAGAGCAGGAUCCGCCCCCUGCAGAGCUGAGCACGCUGUGCAAACACAGGUGUUCCUCUAACCUGCAUCUACACAGCUUUGAGGUCCAGGUCCUGUCUUUGUUCCCCUCUCCACACUCGAAAACUCCGCAGGGGGUGUGGAGCGUGUAUCUGUGUGUUUCCAAACCAAUAUGAUUGUGUUCUAUGUAUGUUACACUGUA